AAUGGUAGUAAUGAGGCUGCCUAGCCGUCAGCUUCACUAUCAAAAAGACAGCAUAGAAGGUACCUAAGCAGCUAAGGUAGUUCUUGGAAGCAAGGCGAAGCUCCAUCUGCCGCUCUUGGCUCUCUCUAUAUCCCGAUUCCAUUCUUUUAGUCGAGAUGGCUAUAGGAGGUACCCAGGUAGGUAUGAUAUGUAUGAUAUGUAUGGUACUAUGGCGUCGGUCGAAUCAAGAACUGUCGAAUAGGAAAGAUGAUCAUCCCGUCCCCCGCCGUUCGUGCAUACUACAACAUCAAGCAUACAACAGCAGAUAACCAGGUCCUUGUCAGCUCACCCCUACCGCCUCUUCACCCUUCACCCUACCCCGGACCUCCGAUUCCCUCUCAACAAGAGUCAAGGGGCACACUCAUCGUACCUCUAUCGUACCUAUUUACUCAUAAUCAUCCCAUACUCCCCCCCUCUUCUUCACCUCCUUUGUUCCUUUUUCUACCCCUUUGUUGUUUAGCCAUUGAACUUUCCUACAUUUCAAAUCGUUCGCCUCAGCUUCUCCAACUCUACCAUCCAUCCAUUCAUCCGGUCCGUGCAUAGAGCUCUUGCUCUUACUCCAACUCCCAACGUCCGACUCCAACUACUUUAGCUCCCUUCGAAAGCUUCCAAACAUGACUGGUCCCCGCCUCACAACUCCCGCUUCGAAGCUCAUCCGCUCGAUCAGCACCACAGCUACGGCCUCCGUGCCCAAGUCCAACACAUUACUCACAAGCUCCAAAAAUGCUGCUCCUCUGUCGAGGAAAUACGCAGAUCUCCUCAAGGAGAGGAAUAUAGACCCGGAUCAUCCCCGUCACUUAUACACGCGAUCAUCUAACCGUCCUCAUCCUCCCCCUCGCACAAUGCGCCUAAUGCAAAGCUUCACCUCGGGCGCGGCUCAAGCUCCCUCCCAGGCCGACGCCAGCACCAUGGACCGCAUCAUCUUCCCGGGGUCCGCCGCGCUCGAGGGGUCGUCCAACGACCCGUUCGCGCACCUGCGCGUUCCCUUGCUCCCGGACAACUCGGCGACGCACCACGUGUCGGAGGCGACGGACGGCCCCGUCGCCCCCGCCCAGAUCAGCAUCGUCGCCGCGAACCCGGAGCUCGUGUCCCCCGCCGCGCUCACCGAGGUCGAGGGCAUGGGCAUCGACGGCGUCGAGCUCAAGUUCGUCCACGUGGACCCGAGCCCGGAGCCCGAACACGCCCAGGGCAUGCUGACGAACCUGUGGAAGGGCCUCGACGACGUCAUAUUAGGUGCUGGUAGGAAUAGUAGUAAAGGCAACGUUGCUCUUUAACGUAGACGUAGCGGAACGGAACGUAAAAGCGCGUGCUGGCUCACGAAGUAGUCACGAAUUUCAAUUGACUGAUGGGGGGAAGACGGGGGGGGGAGGGAAGCGGUUGCGUAUCUGCCUACCUACCUCCGAAGGUACCCAAAACUAUGACAUGAUUCGAGCUCUGCAUCGAGCGGACGGUUCUGGAAGUGCUUCGGGCCGGUCUCUUAUUUGGAUACUGAUCAUUUUUAAUGAAUUUGCUUUUUUUGUUUAGAUGUUAUCUGUUAGCGAGAGCGGGAACGAAGGUCCCAUCUUUUAGAACAUAACUCGGGUGUCGAAUUGUAUCGACGAUACAACGACCCGGAAUUGAGCAGCGUCGCAGUCGAGUCGCACAAGAAGAAAUGAAAAAGAAAGAAUAACUGCCCCUUGUUCGAGCUUCGAUUUGUGUGCUGUAUUUCGUCCAAUAUGUUUGAGACUUAGCUGGUACGUGUGUAUA